CACCCCACCAGCUCAUCUAUUUGAUUUCUGUCACCUAUCUCCUUUGUUUACUGUAACUGUUUAUAAUUUCUGAAACAGCAGAAAUUGGAAACACUCAAAAUACUUUGGGUUUAAGUUACUUUAUAAGACAUUCAAUUUUCAACAAGUUUCUCACGAUUCCAGACCUUUUAUUUUUACUAAUUCUUGUUCGAUUAUGUUUAUUGUCCUUUUCCAAUUGAGAAUCACUUGUACAGAUUGAAACUAGGUUGUUGGGUUUAUUUAAUUUAAUUUUUUUGAUUUUCAUAUUAAGCGAUACAAAUGGGAUAGCCUGCGAUUUUUUUUGGUGUUCAAGCCGAUCGAAAAAUCGCCGGCGAUUUGAUGGAAUUCAGAGUGUUGGAGCUACCAUUCUCGCCAUUUCAUGGAGUUAAUUAUUCGGUGUUGUCCAUGUAUUGUACGCAGAUUUGAUAGUAAGCUUCGAUUUGCUGCCGUUCUUUUCGAGAUUUUAGUGAUAUUGUUAUGGUUUGAAUCUACAUAUGCUAAAUCCCAAGAACGCCAAGUGCGAUGGAAAGAUCCAGAACGGGGAAGUGAGAACAUCGUAUCACAUUCAUGUAUCCAUGACCAGAUACUUGAACAAAGGAAGCGACCUGGUCGCAAGGUGUACUCGAUCACCCCACAAGUUUAUAAGGAGUCUGGUAGAUCAAAACUUCGUCGUAAAGGAAGGGCAUUGCUCCAGAUUUCUGAUUUGCAUGAACAACAGAAGGAUGUAAAGCAGCCUAUUAGAAUAUAUUUGAAUUACGAUGCUGUUGGUCACUCACCUGAUAGAGAUUGUCGAGAAGUUGGUGAUAUAGUGAAGCUUGGGGAGCCUCCUGUUAAUACUCUUCCUGGUAUUCCAUCUUGCAAUCCUCAUGCUGAUCCUCCAAUCUAUGGUGACUGCUGGUAUAACUGCACUUUGGAUGAUAUAUCUGGGGAGGACAAAAGGCAUCGUCUUCGCAAGGCUUUAGGGCAGACAGCAGAUUGGUUCAGGAGAGCCUUAGCAGUUGAGCCCGUAAAAGGGAACUUGCGGUUAAGUGGAUAUUCUGCAUGUGGACAAGAUGGAGGUGUACAACUUCCACAUGAAUAUGUUGAAGAGGGUGUCGCUAAUGCAGACUUGGUUCUUCUGGUGACGACAAGACCUACCACUGGGAAUACUCUCGCAUGGGCAGUGGCAUGUGAGCGUGAUCAAUGGGGCCGUGCAAUUGCUGGACAUGUGAAUGUUGCUCCUCGCCAUUUGACUGCUGAAGCAGAGACUUUGCUUUCAGCUACUCUCAUCCAUGAGGUUAUGCAUGUUCUUGGCUUUGAUCCCCAUGCCUUUUCCCAUUUUAGGGAUGAGAGGAAAAGAAGGCGUGGUCAGGUUACUCAACAAGUUAUGGAUGAAAAGCUAGGGCGGGUGGUGACACGUGUGGUGCUUCCUCAUGUUAUCAUGCAUUCACGUUAUCAUUACGGGGCAUUCUCUGAAAAUUUCACUGGUUUAGAGUUAGAAGAUGGAGGAGGGCGUGGAACAUCAGGAUCUCACUGGGAGAAGAGGCUGCUGAUGAAUGAGAUUAUGACAGGUUCAGUGGACACAAGAUCAGUGGUGUCAAAAAUGACACUGGCUUUAUUGGAAGAUAGUGGCUGGUACCAGGCUAAUUAUAGCAUGGCAGACCGUCUCGACUGGGGUCGUAACCAAGGAACUGACUUUGUUACCUCCUCUUGCAACUUCUGGAAGGGUGCAUACCAUUGCAAUACAACCCAGUUAUCUGGAUGUACAUAUAACAGGGAGGCAGAGGGUUAUUGCCCAAUUUUAAAUUAUAGUGGUGACCUGCCUCAAUGGGCUCGCUAUUUUCCGCAGGCUAACAAAGGUGGUCAGUCCUCAUUAGCUGAUUAUUGCACAUAUUUUGUAGCCUAUUCUGAUGGAUCAUGUACAGACACUAACAGUGCAAGGGCACCUGACAGAAUGUUGGGUGAAGUGCGAGGGAGUAAUUCCAGGUGUAUGGCCUCAUCAUUAGUACGUACUGGGUUUGUACGGGGUUCUAUGACACAAGGAAAUGGUUGUUAUCAGCACAGAUGUGUAAAUAACUCAUUAGAGGUUGCUGUGGAUGGUAGUUGGAAAGUGUGUCCUGAAGCUGGUGGACCUGUUCAGUUUCCUGGUUUCAACGGUGAACUGAUUUGCCCAGCCUACCAUGAACUCUGUAGCACGGGUCCAAUUUCUAUUUCUGGGCAAUGCCCCGAUUCUUGUAAUUUCAAUGGAGAUUGCGUCGAUGGACAAUGCCACUGCUUUCUAGGGUUUCAUGGUCAUGAUUGUAGUAAACGAUCCUGCCCUGGCAAUUGUAAUGGACAUGGCAAGUGCCUUUCAAGUGGGGUCUGUGAAUGUGAAAAUGGGCACACUGGCAUUGACUGCUCUACUGCUGUCUGUGACGAACAAUGUAGCCUCCAUGGAGGUGUCUGUGAUAAUGGAGUUUGCGAAUUUCGUUGCUCUGACUAUGCAGGAUACACUUGUCAGAACAGUUCCAAGCUCAUCUCUAGUCUUUCUGUUUGCAAAAAUGUGCUGCAGAAAGAUGCCCUUGGGCAACACUGUGCACCCAGUGAACCAAGUAUACUUCAACAACUGGAAGAAGUUGUUGUGACGCCCAACUACCACCGUUUGUUCCCUGGUGGUGGGGCUCAGAAGUUAUUCAAUCUUUUUGUGACCAGCAACUGUGAUGAGGCUGCCAAGCGACUAGCCUGCUGGAUCUCUAUCCAGAAGUGUGACAGUGAUGGAGACAACAGGCUUCGGGUAUGCCAUUCGGCAUGUGAGUCAUACAAUUCAGCUUGUGGAGCAUCGCUCGACUGCUCAGACCAGACUCUCUUCAGCAGUAAAGAGGACGGAGAGGGUCAGUGCACUGGAUCUGGUGAUAUUAGAGUUAGACUAUCCUUGUUUGGUCGGUUUGUUUUAUGUUUAAAAAUAGUUCUUCGGAUGGUUGUAAAAAGUAGCCCGAUUUAGUAUUUACCCCCUUUUUUUCUAUAAUUUGGCUUGUAAUUUUUCUAGGGUUUAAUUGUAGGAAAAGGUGGCAUUUAAUGCCUUAGAUGUAGGUUUUCGUUGUGGUUGGGCCCAAAAGUCAUUUAAGAAAUUGGGUGAGAUUAUGCUUUCGAAGAUGAAAGCCCCUUGUAGAGAGAGAGAGAGAGAGAGAGAGGGAAAAGAGAAAAAAAAAAAAAAAAGGUGAGUUAUUUCUCCAGAGUGAGUUAAGAUUUGGCCAAAGGCCUUUAAAGAGAAGAAAUUGGUUCAUGUUUUUAUUUGUUAGUAUUUAGUAACACUCUUUCGUACGUUUUUAUCUGGAGGCAUUAUUAU